GUUGAUUAUUAUUUUUUUUAUUGGACUUUGUAGUUCAUCAUUAACGGAGCGAAUAUUUUUUAUUCUAAGUUGAGAAGAAGAUAAAGUCAUUCAUCAUGUCGUUGUCAAAGCCAGUUUAUAAUUUCUUGGGAUUUUAUUUCGAACAACUUUUUAACAAUCCAAUUAGAACAAAAUCAAUAACAAGCUCCGUUAUUGCUACUGCUGGUGCUAUUACUUCACAGAAGCUUAGUGGCCAACCAUUUAACCCAAAUGCUGUGUUUGCUUAUACUGCCUUUGGUGCAUUUGUUGCUGGUCCAUUCGCUCAUUAUUUCUAUGAGUUCAUCAGUCGAAUUGUACCUGACGUUCCAUUCAGAAGAAUCCUUGAGUUUCUAUUGGAAAGAUUUACCUAUGCGCCGAUAUUCUGUGCACUAAGUUUGUAUUUCCUUACGAUAUUUGAAGGGAAGACUCCCGAUCAAGCAACACAAAAUGUUCUUAAACUGUACAGGACAGUUCUUCUAGCAAAUUGGCGCUAUUUGACACUUCCAGUGUUCUUGAACUUUAAUUUCGUUCCACCAAUGUUGAGAGUAUUUGUCAGCAACAUUAUUGGAUUUUUCUGGGUUAUUUACAUGGCUGAUAAGCGUCGACGAGCUGCUGCUGCCGCUAAGAAAGAAAAGUAAUCCAACAAGUUGACAAGUUUUGAUGAUAAGAUUGCAAAUAUCUUUUUUUAUGAUUUGUGAUAAAAUUUACGAGAGCUACAGAAUAAGUCUGAGACUGUAUUUACACAUUCCUCAUUUCCCAGUUAAUCAACAUUUACUUUUUGUUGCACAAAAACUUGUUUUUCACUAUCUUAUUGCCGAUGUUUUUUCUUUAACUUAAAUUAGAAAACAAUUAAAUAAAAUUCCAGUUUCAAUAUCUUUUAAGA